GCAAAGUCAAAGCGAGACGCGUACGACGUCGAGCGGCGCGCGCUGGAGGCCAACGACGAUAAACUCAGAGAGCUGCGAGAAAACAUCGAUCGCGAUUACGGCCCGGACGACGCUCUUAUUUCGUUACAAGGUUUGUGUUUCGAUCAGAAGAUAGAAAAGUACGUGUACAAGGCGUGCCCGUUUGGUGAGGCCAAACAAGACAACACGCAACUUGGACGAAACUCUGAAGGCGUCCGAAUCGACGCCGACGGUAAGACGAUGACUCUGAAAUUCGCAGACGGCGACGCGUGUUGGAACGGUCCGAAGCGCUCGCUCACGCUCACCCUCAAAUGUGGCGACAAAGAGCGCUUAGCCGCGAUCGAAGAACCGUCUCGAUGCGAAUACGUCGGCGUCUUCUACGCCCCCGCGGCGUGCGACGAC